AUGGCGACCACGUCGUCUACGUCGACCGUCCAGCUACAGAACCUGGAAAGGCCGACGACACCCAAGGACGCCAGUCUUCUCAACACCGAAGGCCACCGUCUCGGAUCCAGCGACGAUGCGACCGGCGGUCUACCAGCACCGACGACGACUGCGGCCGUCACUCAAAAAUGGAACCAUCCGAGGUCGAACGCGAAUAGGGUGCUCUCCUGCUUUUGGAGUCUAUUCGUCUCGGGCGCCAACGAUGCCGCCUACGGUGCUCUGAUCCCCUACCAGCUCGAAUCGUACUACGGCCUCAGCUACACCGUCGUCUCCCUCGUCUUCCUCUCCCCCUUCGUCGGCUACGUCCUCUCCGCCCUCCUCAACAACUGGAUCCACCUGAAAGCGGGCCAGCGCGGCAUCGCCAUCAUCGCCUCGACGUGCCACAUCGCCGCCUACGUCGUCAUCUCCCAGCACCCGCCCUACCCGGUCCUGGUCGUCGUCUACAUCCUCGCCGGCUUCGGCAACGGCAUCAGCGACGCCGCCUGGAACGCCUACAUCGGCAACAUGGACCGCGCCAACGAGGUCCUCGGCUUCCUGCACGCGUGCUACGGCGCCGGCGGCGUCAUGAGCCCGCUUAUCGCGACCACCAUGAUCAACAAGGCUAACCUGGGAUGGUGGAACUUUUACUACGUUCUGCUCGGCAUGGCCGUUAUCGAACUAGCAUGGUGCACCUCCGCCUUCUGGACCCAAACCGGCGCAGCCUACCGCGAGACGGUGAGCCACUCCAGCAACGGCCCCGACGGCGGCGGCAUGCGCACCGCGCUCUUCAAGCGCCCCUACGCCCGCGUCUCCUGGCUGUGCGCCUUCUUCCUCCUCGCCUACGUCGGCACCGAGGUCUCGCUCGGCGGCUGGAUCGUGCAGUUCAUGAUCCAGGUCCGCGGCGCCAACAACUUCGACUCGGGCAUGACCUCGGUCGGCUUCUGGCUCGGCAUCACCCUCGGCCGCGUCGUCCUCGGCUUCGUCACCCCGCGCCUCGGCGUCAAGCUCGCCGUCGCCCUCUACAUCCCCGUCACCAUGGCCCUCGAGCUGCUCUUCUGGCUCGUGCCCCAGUUCUACGUCUCCGCCGUCGCCGUCUCGCUGCAGGGCUUCUUCCUUGGUCCCUUCUUCCCGGCCGUCGUCGUCGCGGCGACCAAGUUGCUGCCGAGGCACCUCCACGUCAGCACGAUCGGGUUCGCGGCGGCGUUUGGGGGCAGCGGCGCCGCUAUUCUGCCGUUUGCUGUCGGUGUCAUUGCGAACGCGAAGGGUGUGCAGGUCUUGCAGCCUAUUAUCCUGGCGUUUUUGGGGGUCAUGCUUGGGUUGUGGCUUUGCCUGCCGAGGAUUGGAAAGAAGGAGGAAUAA